CGCGUCCACAUCCAUGUCGGAGCGUCUGUCCGAUUAACAGAAAAUGGGGCGCCAUCUAGCGUUAACGUUUCUCUUCUGUUAUGCGGUAUGUACUGGCACUGUCAGAGGUAAGGGUCCAUCGGCAAUUACCAAAAUUGUGUCAGGUUCUGCUGGGGCGGCUGGGGGAGGCUCUGGAGGUAUAAUAUUCCCCGCCACUGCCGGUUCAGGGAUGAUGUCCAGUGGUGGAGGAAUGUCUAGCAGCGGUGGAAUGGCUGGUGCCGGAAUGAUGGCCGGCGGAAGUGGCAUGGCUGGUGCCGGAAUGAUGGCCGGCGGAAGUGGCAUGGCUGGUGGUGGAAUGAUGGCCGGCGGAAGUGGAAUGGCUGGUGGUGGCAGCGAUUUCGGCAUGAUAAGCAGCACCGCCAUUCCUUUUUAUGGAAUCGGUGGGGGGAUAUCUAGCGGGAUGUGUGCAAUGAUACCAGGAAAUAGCUGGACAUUUUAUCGCUCCACAGGGGGCAUACCGACUUAUGGAAUCGGUGGUGGCAUGAUGGGAGGUGGUGGUAUGGGUGGUGGGAUGAUAGGAAGCGGGGGUAUGGGUGGUGGGAUGAUAGGAGGUGGGGCUAUGGGUGGAGGGAUGAUAGGAAGCGGGGGUAUGGGUGGAGGGAUGAUAGGAAGCGGGGGUAUGGGUGGUGGAAUGAUAGGAGGUGGGGCUAUGGGCGGCGGAGCCAUGGGCGGAAUGGGAGGCGGGGCUAUUGGAGGUGGGGCCAUGGGAGGUGGUGCUAUGGGAGGUGGGGCCAUGGGAGGUGGUGCUAUGGGAGGUGGAGCCAUGGGAGGAAUGGCAGGCGGAGCCAUGGGCGGAAUGGCAGGUGGAGCUAUGGGCGGAAUGGCAGGUGGAGCUAUGGGCGGAAUGGCAGGCGGAGCCAUGGGCGGAAUGGCAGGUGGAGCUAUGGGCGGAAUGGCAGGCGGAGCCAUGGGCGGAAUGGCAAGUGGGGCUAUGGGAGGAAUGGCAGGUGGAGCUAUGGGCGGAAUGGCAGGUGGAGCUAUGGGCGGAAUGGGACGCGGAGCCAUGGGCGGAAUGGGAGGUGGAGCGAUGGGCGGAAUGGGAGGAGGGGCCAUGGGCGGAAUGGGAGGUGGAGCGAUGGGCGGAAUGGGAGGAGGGGCCAUGGGCGGAAUGGGAGGUGGGGCGAUGGGCGGAAUGGGAGGUGGAUCUAUGGGAGGAAUGGCAGGUGGGGCUAUGGGCGGAAUGGGAGGUGGAGCCAUAGGCGGAAUGGGAGGAGGUUCAAUGGGCGGAAUGGGAGGUGGGGCCAUGGGCGGAAUGGGAGGCGGUGGAAUGUCGUUCGUCAGUACCAGACGUAAAGGAAAGCUAGGUAAUAACAAUUGA